AUGCCAUCAGGGCUACCAUCAGGGUUACCUGGCCUUGCAACCAAUCUCAUCGAUCCAUCACCAUUCACAAGCUCCUUCUCAGGCGAUUUCCUAGGUCUUCCUAUUCCAGACGACGACCAACUCUGGGGUCUGAGUCCAGUUUCACCAAUGGCCACCGGGUGGGAUAAGGCCGACUCGGCAGCAUUUGCCCAUUCGGCACUCGAGCGGGACCUCAAAAACGCCCAGGUCCGGAAUGGCCAGCCAACCCCGCCCCCAUACGAUGACCAAGGCCGGGACCUCACGCUAGACAUGAUGGAAAGCGUGAGCAAACACCGGCGCCUACGCGAAUACAAGACCACCGCCAGCCUCAGCCCGGACUUCGACGAAGCCCCACACGAACGCGCCAAGCGGGCCAAGUUCCUCGAGCGCAACCGUCUCGCUGCAAGCAAGUGUCGCCAGAAAAAGAAGGAACACACCCAGCAGCUGGAAUUCAACUUCAAGGAACAGUCCGAGAAGAAGGAGCAGCUGGUUGCGGAGAUUGCCCGGCUGCGCUCGGAGAUCCUGGGGCUGAAGAACGAGGUGCUGAAACAUGCUCAGUGUGGGGACGAGCCCAUUAAACUUCACCUCGCCCAGAUGGUCAAGAAGAUUACCGAUAAAGAUGGCGCUGCGCCUGCGGGGCUACCGGAAUCGCCCGCCAGAAUAGAUAACCCCUCUGUCUCAGUUUCUCCCCUCGAACACACGCAAGCUCCGGCUACGGCGGCGGUGGCUGUGUCUGCGCCGGCGCCGACGGCCAUGUCUUUUGGCUUUGAUGAUCCUCUACAGCUUGAGCCCGCUGCGGCGGCGGCGGCUGAGGCGUUUGAGCAGCAGAUGCGCCGGGAGUCGGAGGCUUCGCUCGUCUCUGAGGGGUCUUAUUCGUUCUCGGCGGAGGAUACAUUUGAUGAUUUGAUCAAUGUGUGA